AAUAAGUGGACCAUAUAAUAAAAGUGGGGGUACCAAGUUUCAUUUUCCCAUUAUUCAUCCCUAUUUCUAGCCCCCAAAACACAACCUUUCUUUUGUUUGAAAGUCCAAUGGUGAACUUGUACUAACUACUAGUACUCCUUCCCGCCAUUCUUUGUAAUUUGUUUCAUGUAACGUAAUCGAUACACAAUAAAUUUAUCGACCGCCUAAUAUCAUUUUCAAUGGAGAGGUUGCUUAAGGACUUUAAUUUGCCGCUGGAUGCGCCCGAAGACGCUCGUAUUCGGUGGCGAAAAGCCGUCGGAUUGCUCAUUCGUAAUCGCCGUCGUCGUUUCCGAUAUGUUGCUAAUCUUAAACAACGCUCUGAAGCUGCUAAAACUCUUCAGGAUUUACGUGUUGCGUUCAUGGUACAUAAAGCAGCAAUUCGUUUUAGUGAUGCUGGUAGAACUGAAUAUACGCUAUCAAAGGAAACCCAAGAAGAAGGCUUUGGAAUUGAUUCUGAUGAAUUGGCAUCAAUUGUUCGUGGCCAUGAUACGAAGGGCUUUAAUACCCAUGGGGGCAUAGAAGGACUAGCCAUGAAAGUAUCCUCAUCACUCAAAGACGGAAUCUCAUCAAGUGACAUAUCUCGUAGGCAAAAAAUCUAUGGAAUGAACAAAUACACUGAAAAGCCUCCUAGAGGAUUUUGGACAUUUGUAUGGGAGGCGUUACAUGACUUUACAUUAAUAAUUCUGAUGGUUUGCGCGGUGGUUUCAAUAGGGGUAGGAAUAAGUACUGAAGGGCUUCCUAAAGGAAUGUAUGAUGGGGUGGGAAUUCUACUCAGUAUAUUUUUGGUUGUCAUUGUGACUGCUGUCAGUGACUAUAAACAGUCAUUGCAAUUCAUAGAUUUGGACAAAGAGAAGAAGAAGAUAUACGUCCAGGUGACAAGAGAUGGACGUAGGCAGAAGGUACUGAUUUUUGAUUUGGUUGUUGGAGAUAUAGUAAACUUGUCUACUGGAGAUAUAGUUCCUGCUGAUGGAAUCUUUAUUUCCGGAUACAACUUGUUGAUUGAUGAGUCAAGCUUAACGGGUGAGAGUGAGCCAAUUAACAUAACUCAUGAAAAGCCGUUUCUUUUAUGUGGAACGAAAGUACAAGAUGGAUCAGCUACAAUGCUUGUGACUGCUGUUGGUAUGAAGACUGAAUGGGGAAAGUUGAUGGAGACUCUAAGUGAGGGGGGUCAAGAUGAGACGCCUUUGCAGGUGAAGCUAAAUGGAGUUGCUACUAUAAUUGGAAAGAUUGGAUUAUUAUUUGCAGUACUGACAUUUUUAGUGUUGACUAUUAGAUUUGUUAUUGAAAAAGUUGUUCAUGAUGAGAUCACACACUGGUCUUCAGGAGAUGCAUUGAAGCUCCUAGACUACUUUGCUAUUGCAGUAACUAUUAUCGUCGUUGCUGUUCCUGAAGGGCUUCCAUUAGCAGUGACUCUCAGCCUUGCAUUUGCAAUGAAGAAAUUGAUGAAUGACAAGGCACUGGUUAGGCAUCUUACUGCUUGUGAAACGAUGGGUUCUGCCACAUCCAUCUGCACUGACAAGACUGGGACACUCACGACAAACCAUAUGGUAGUUGAAAAGAUUUGGUUAUCUGGGAAAAAACGAGAUUUGAAAGGAAAAGCAUUGAAAUCAGAAAUAUCUGAGGGUACCUUGACCACACUUUUACAAGUUAUAUUCUUAAAUACUGGUGCAGAAGUAGUAAAGGACCAUGACGGAAAGACUUCCAUUCAAGGGCAGCCAACAGAAUCAGCAUUGCUUGAAUUCGGAAUGCUUCUAGGGGGUGAUUUUGAGGAGUUGCGCCAGAAGUACGAGAUAAAGAAUGUAGAUCCUUUUAAUUCUGUUAGAAAGAAGAUGUCUGUCCUUGUGGCUUUGCCAGAAGGUGGCACUCGAGUUUUGCAAGGGGCAUCAGAAAUAGUUUUAGGCUUGUGCAACAAAAUGAUUGAUUGCAAUGGCAAUUCUGUAGACAUUUCUGAAGAGCACUUCAAGAGUAUAACUAAUGUCAUUAAUGGUUUUGCUGAUGAAGCUUUGAGGACUCUGUGCUUGGCUUUCAGAGACAUGGAUGAUGGAUAUGAUGAAAAUAGCAUUCCUGAAGAUGGAUAUACUUUAGUAGCCGUUGUUGGAAUCAAGGAUCCAGUUCGUCCUGGGGUAACAGAAGCUGUUCAGACUUGUUUAGCUGCUGGAAUCACUGUGCGUAUGGUCACUGGUGACAACAUCAAUACAGCCAAGGCCAUAGCAAGGGAAUGCGGUAUACUAACAGAAGGUGGCCUUGCCGUAGAAGGAUCUGACUUUCGUAGUAAGACUCAUGAGGAGAUGAAAGAGAUUUCACAAAGAAUCCAGGUAAUGGCACGGUCUCUGCCAUUAGACAAACACCAAUUGGUGAGUAGCCUGAGAAUACUCCGGGAGGUGGUUUCUGUGACUGGUGACGGGACCAAUGAUGCACCUGCCUUGCAUGAGUCUGAUAUAGGACUUGCUAUGGGAAUUACAGGAACAGAGGUUGCAAAGGAAAGCGCCGAUGUCAUUAUUUUGGAUGACAAUUUCAGCACCAUUGUAAAUGUAGUCAAAUGGGGGAGGGCUGUCUACAUAAACAUCCAAAAAUUUGUGCAGUUCCAGUUGACAGUCAACAUAGUUGCUCUAAUGCUCAAUUUUGUAGCUGCAUGCAUCACUGGUUCUGCUCCAUUGACGGCUGUGCAGCUGCUGUGGGUCAACAUGAUUAUGGAUACACUUGGCGCGCUGGCCCUGGCUACAGAACCACCUAAUGAUGAGCUCAUGAAAAGACCUCCUAUUGGAAGAAAUGCUAGUUUUAUCACCAAGACUAUGUGGAGAAAUAUCCUUGGCCAGAGUGUAUAUCAGUUCGCUGUCCUUGCUGUUCUAAGCUUUGAUGGAGAGCGGCUACUUAGACUUAGCGGCCCAGAUUCUAACGUUAUCCUGAAUACAGUCAUAUUCAACUCUUUUGUGUUCUGCCAGGUGUUCAACGAAAUCAAUAGUCGUGAUAUAGAGAAAAUAAAUGUCUUCCGUGGAAUAUUCAGAAGCUGGAUUUUCAUUGUUGUUAUGGUUUCCACUGUUGCAUUUCAAGCAAUCAUAGUUGAGUUUCUGGGAACUUUUGCAAGCACUGUGCCCUUGAACUGGCAGCUUUGGUUAAUCAGCAUUUUAAUCGGAGCAGUUAGCAUGCCUUUAGCUGUCAUUCUAAAGUGCAUUCCUGUUGAGAGAAAUGCUGCUCCGCAACACCAUGAUGGGUAUGAAGCCUUACCUAGUGGUCCAGAACAGGUCUAAUAAUACGCAGACUGCACCAACUUUGAUCAGAGAAAAACGGUGCAUAACUCAAUUUCACAAAAAAGGCAUGAACCAGAGAACUAACUGGUUGAAGAAGUAUCCUCAGGUGUUGCUUCAGUUCCACAUAUUUUCCUCGUACCAGCGGCUUGCAACUCAUUUCACUUGCACCAAUGUUUCAAGUGUAGAUAUUCUGGAUUAACUUUAUGCAAAUUAGGAAUUUGAGAUUAGGCCAAAUUUUACUAAAAUGAUUCAUGGAAGUGGUUUCAUUUUAGGUACCUCCACCCAUACGGAAUUUACGCUUCUGUUAAGUUGCUUACAUAAACGUAUGGCUUAGUUAGAACGGGUUAACUUAUAAUGGUUUGAAAACGACAAUAAUUUUCAUCUAAUGGCUUUGUGUCAAUUGAAAGUUUACCUUGCAAUUGAACCGUUUGCAAUUGUUUAUGUCUUUUUCCUAAAAACACAAUUAGCUUGGUCAAAGUAUCAUCCAUUAAUAAUUUAAUAGAUGUGGUAAAUCCGUUUGGGUGGAGGUAUUUAGAAUGAAAAAUACUUGACGAUUUUUGAAUAUUCAAAGGAUGUAAGUUUUACAAAAUAUCAACUCCUGAGAUGUUGGUGAAGACUAAAGCCUCUGGUAUGAAAAAAUGUGAAGUUGAAGCAACUUCUGAUGAUACAUCUUCGGACCAUGCUUAUCUUCAACAGAUUAAGCCAUGCACAAUUUUAUUUUUCAUCAAAGUUGGUGCUCAUGCAAAUAUUGGUUCAUAUGGAGAAGCCGUCGAAGGGAACUGAGACAAGGUGCCAUUGUGAGACCUCUAAUCUUUUCAAGUUGCAGUUAUUCUGUUGGGAGCACUGUAAGAGAAAAUGUUAUUGGUGUUUACAAAAUGUGAGGUAAAUUAUUAGAUUUCAUCCAUGUUUUCUUGCCAUAUUACCUGAAUCUGAGAUAGCAUGCUGGUAGAGAAGAAAAAAUUAUCUUGUUUUUCUGGUGUUAUAUCAACUUAUUUCAGCAAGGUAUUGAUUUUAUGCUCCAAGAAUAUGCAAACUUUCAAUUCUCUUCA